GUGGGGAUAUUCGUCGCGUUCAGUUACUUUGCGCUCGCGCAGGAGGACGUGUACAAGAAGCGAUACGGCGGCGCGCGGUUCGCGGCGACGUUCUUCGUGCUCGCGUGCGAGCGGUUGGUGAACGUGAUGGUGGCCGCGAUCGGGCUGGGCGCGUGCGGGGGCUCGGGGGCGCGAUUGGCGCGAGGGGAGAUUUUCCAGAGCGGGGCGUCGCAGACGCUCGCGAUGGCGGCGAGUAACGAGGCGCUGCGGUACGUGUCGUACCCGACGCAAGUGCUCGGGAAGUCGUGUAAGAUGGUGCCCGUGAUGGUUGGGGGGAUGGUGCUCGGUGGGCGCACGUUCACGGCGUCGCAGUACGCGCAGGUGGUUUUCGUGACGCUGGGCGUGGCGAUUUUCAAUUUCGGCGCCGACACGAAGAAGACGAGCGGAAACGAUAGCGCGUACGGGUUGUCGCUCAUCGCGAUUUCGCUCGUCAUGGAUGCCGUAACGGGUGGGUUGCAAGAUCGCGUCAAGCGCACGACGAAGGCGUUGAAUCCGCGAGCCGGUGCGAGCGCGAAGCCGAGCGUGUACGAGAGCAUGUUGUACACAAAUUUGAGCGGUUUCGUCGUCGCCUUGGGCUUUGCUUUCGCCACUGGACAGCUCACGAGUGGCGUGCGGUCGUGCGUGGCGCACGUUGCGCUCGCGAGAGCCGUUCUCGUGUACUCUCUCGCCAGCGCUGUCGGACAGGUGUUCAUUUAUUACACGAUUACGCACUUCGACGUCCUCGUGCUCACCACGGUGACGACGACUCGAAAAAUCUUCUCCACCGUCAUCUCCGUCUUCCGUGACCCUAGCAACGCGCUCAACCGAAUCCAAUGGUUCGGUUGCUCAUUGGUCUUUACAUUCCUUGCCCUGGACGUCGUCGCCGCUGCGUUUCGUCCGCGCCAUUCCGCGCCCGCGGCGGCGACAGCCGCUCGCCGGGCGCCGUCUUCUCGUCGCGCCGAGCGCGAUACCGAUACCGAUCGCGCGGCGGCGGCGAUCGGAUCCGCGCGAUCGACAUCAUCCCGUCGUCGUCAUUCGUCUCGCAGAUCCUCGUCGUGA